AUGGGCCGCUGUCGCAGCUUUGCACACCAGCCCGCUGGCGCCGCCUGCAGGCUCCGACAGGCACGCCGAAAGAGACAAGAGAAGCAAGCAGAGAUAGAUCGGUCUGGCCUGAGAGGGCUAAUCCCUGGCUCAGGAAAUGGAAGAUUAAUAAAUCCAGUGGUCAUAGAUAAACAGCGAUUGUUUCCUCAGGAUGAGAAUCUGUGUAGGCCUCCACAGCCAGGCAGUACCCCUACUGGUGAAGUGAAUGCUUCCAGACAAUCAGGAGUUGGUAACCCGCAAGGAUUUCACCCGAGAAGCUUACCGGCUGCUCAACAGCAACAGUGGCAGCAGCAGUUAGUACAAAGACUUCCUGGACAGACUCGUUUCCAGCAACCUGAGGCUUUGCAUGUUAGCAGGCCUGCAAUGACCAUGCAAAUGAACAACACAACUGGACUUAACCCUCGAAUUUCCACUCAGAUCACUUUUCAAAAUGCACAGCAACAAAUUGUGGCUUCACCAAUUCCUGUGAGCCCUCAGUACAUAGAACUCAGACACAAUUCCCAACGCUUACCAAUUGCUGCCCAAUUGACACAGCGCCCUCCCCAGCCAAGACAGCGUCUUCCACUACCAAAUCAAGAAAUCAGUCAGUUUGUCCACCAAAUGCAAGGUUGCAAGGUCUUGCCAAGGGGUCCAGGUACACCUUUGUCACAGUCACCAGUUGGGAUUGCACUCUUACCGCAGCAGAAUAUCUCUGCUCAAUUGUCAUCUUCACCUCAUUCAGCUGAAGUAUCAAAUGCCCAUCAGCAUAUCCAAACAAAAGAGCCUUUAGAAUCUACAGCACAAGUUGAAUCACAACAAACAUUUCAGGCUCCUUCAUCGACAUCAUCCUCUUCUAGUUGCUGCUCGGACAGUUUGAAGGACAGCUCCAUAUCCUUUCCGCUUAACUCUGUCCCAUCGAUGUCCAGUGUAGUUACAGAACAUGCAGAAUUGGAUCCUCGGAAAAUCCCUUGUGAUGAUUCAGUAGAAAAAGCCUUAGAUGAGGAACUUGACUCACCUAAAGAGCUAGAUGAAGAAGAUGACCUUGCCAAUCUGAGUCUUGACCCAGACAGUAAGACAGACGAUGAGCUUGGUAACCUUGAUAACCUAGAAACCAAUGACCCCCAUCUGGAUGAUCUCUUGAAGUGUGAAGAGUUUGAUCUGUUGGCCUAUACUGAUCCUGAGCUAGACACGGGUGAUAAAAAGGACAUUUUUACAGAGCAGUUACGUUUAGUAGAAUCUGCAAAUGAAAAGGCAGAGGAAGGUCAGGAUAUACUAAGUAAUCAGGAUGCUGUAAACCCUGCAAUUAAAUGUACAAGUGAUAAAGUUAACAAAUCGUUAACAAUGAAAAAAACGGCAAAGGGAGAGGGGCAUGAAAAAGCAUUAGCUAAAUCCGAUGUCAUUGCGGAUACACAUAACCCUAUCGGAAGUAGGCAGAGUGAAUCAGUGAAUAAUGUCACUUCAGAGACGAACAGUAGCAAUCAGUGCAGUGAUCCAGUUAACAGGGCCCCAUCUACUGAUGAUUCUCCUAAACCUGCUCUUGAUCUAGUACUGAAGGUUGAGGAGAAUAUUUCCCAAAAUUCAGCUUGCCAAUUUGUAGCAAGUACAUCUAAUGCACAGACAGUUUUGAUAAAAUCUGAAAGCCAAUCGAAGGGAAAUGGUGAGAGAGGGGCAGCAUCAAUGCUACUCAGUAUUGGAACUGGCCUUGGUGUUAAUGCAAGUGGAGCACAAAGUCAUAGCACUGAAUGUACUACCAGUGGAACGCAAACUACUGCUCAGAGUAGUACAGUUGCUUCAAGUGGUCAUGGGACAACACGUAUUCCCAGCAAUGGUCAUUCUAACUUGGAUUUAGAAAGUAUACCUUGCACAUCUUCAGCUCAGAUAGUGUCAAAGAUACCACUAGCUGUUCAGUCUAGACCAACAAUGGAUAAACUUGGACUAGAUGAGAUGUGCCAUCACGUGCCCAGUAUGGAACCAAAACGUCGAUCUAUGGAUGAUCUUGUUAAAGUAGAGAGUUCUUUGGAAGCAAGUGAGCUUCCACUACUCCUCCAUGACUUACUUGAGCAAGAGAAAAUAGAAUUGCAGCAGCAACAAUUGGGAGGAUCACAGUGUGUACCACCACCACAACCGCAGCAACAUUCAACACCUAAGGCCCUUCAAGUUCUGCAACAACUUGAGGUUUCACAUCAACAGAGUCAUCCAGGACUUUCUCAACACCUUUCAACAACACAGCAAUCUCAGCACCUUGAGGGGCCAUCACAGAAUUUAAACCUACCACAACAACAUAUCCUGGGAGUGAUACAGCAUCAUCACUUGGGGAUCCCAAGAUCUCUUCCAUCUUCACAGCAACAACAGUUGACAGCGUCACAACAACGGCUUGGAGCCUCACCACAUGUCGUCAUGUCGCAACAGCAGCAGCAGCAGCAUGUGGCAACAGGGCAACACCCACCACAGCAGCUAGUGGCUUCACAACAGAGUCAGCAUAUGACCUCCCCACAACUGCUGUCAACUCAGCAGUUGGCUGUAUCGCAGUUGGGCAUCAUGCAGCAGACACAGCAAGUUGUGAUGCAGCAGCAGCAACAAUUAGCCAAUGCUUUCUUCCCAGAUACAGAUUUGGAUAAAUUUGCAGCUGAUGAUAUCAUGGAUCCUAUUGCCAAGGCAAAAAUGGUGGCUUUGAAGGGAAUUAAAAAAGUCAUGGCACAAGGAAACAUCACUGUAGCACCAGGGAUGAAUAGGCAGCAGGUUUCAUUGUUGGCACAGAGGUUGGCUGGGGCUCCAGGAACAAAUGAGACGCAGACAAAAUUGACACCUGGAAACAGUCAGGAGGCUAAUAGUGACCAGAUGCAAGCUCGGCCAAAUCCACCAACCUUUGUCCAAGGGUUUAUCAAUGAGGCAGAGCACCGUCAAUAUGAAGAAUGGCUGCUCCAUACACAGCAGCUGCUUCAAAUGCAGCUGAAAUUUUUAGAGGAACAAAUUGGCGUCCACAGGAAGUCCAGGAAAGCAUUAUGUGCCAAGCAACGAACCGCUAAGAAGGCAGGACGCGAGUUCCCCGAGGCAGAUGCAGAAAAACUUAAACGGGUUACAGAGCAACAAAGUAAAAUCCAGAAACAACUUGAUCAGGUCCGUAAGCAACAAAAGGAGCAUACAAAUCUAAUGACAGAAUAUCGAAAUAAACAGCAACAAAAGUGCUCUUUAUCUCCCUCUGGGCUGAUGCCAACAACCUCAUCCCAGAAUCCGAGAGUAAUGCCCAAACUUUCAACACCCAUGUUAUCAGCAGCAUUAGCCCAGCAAGGGGGCGCAAUCGUUGGAUCUCAAGCAAUAGCUCAACAACCAAGUACGCUAAUAGGGCACACAGGAAAUAUGAGAGUGCCACAAAUCGGGGCUACAGUACCACUGCAGCAGGGCCCAACAUUCUUAACUUCAGCUGUGACUCAGCAACCAGAAUAUCCCCCUGCCUCAGGAACUGUAUCUUCUGCUCCCUCAACCAGCUUUUUUUCUGGAAAUUCUGCUGCUCAAACACUUACAAAUGAAAGCAGACUCCUGCAGGAGAGACAGCUUCAACUGCAGCAAAGAAUGCAACUUAUUCAACAGCAAGGACUUGUAGGACCGUCUCAGCAGCAAAGCAUCAUGGGGAAGUUACAGCAGCAAGGUAUCAUUGGGCAGCUUCAGCCAACGACGCAACAAAGUAUUGUGGGUAACAAACCAAUACAGCAGGGUAUCAUGGGCCAGCAGCAGCAGGCCUUCAUUGGACAACAGCAGGGGAUUGUUGUCCAGUCACAACACCAACCUGCUCAGCAGCAGCUACCCCAACAGCACAACAACAUGAGUCAGACACAGCAACAGCCAGCAACACAGCACCAACAGAGUCUGGCACCUCAGCAGCAUUUGAGGUUGCUGAGUCAACAGCAAGGCCUCCUUGGGCAUCAGCAACCACACCAACAGGGUCUUGCAAGUCAUCCAAAACCUUCUCGGACCCAGCAAGGUUCUAUGGCUCAGCAGUUGACACAUCAGCAAGCUCUUGCAGUUCAACAGCAAGUGCUCACUUCUCAGCAGCAGCAGCAGCAACAGAAUCUGGUUUUACAGCAGCAGGCAUCCAGUGCUCCUUUGCAACAGCAAGGGCUCAUAGGACAUCAGCAAGGGGUUGUAUCCCAGAAUCAGCAAUUGGCAACAAUGCCACCACUACAACAGCAUCACCUUCAGGCUGUAUCAGGACAACUCCAUCCACAAAGUGUUAUCAGACCAAACAAUAUCCUGAGACUUUCCACACCGUUCCAACAGCAAAGCACAAUGGGGCAUCAAACUCGAAUGCAGGGUAUAAUGAGGCAGCAAUCUCAGGAUGUUUUGGGCCAGCAUCUCGCAACACCAGGCAUAAUGGGACAGCAGACUCCACUGCAAGUCAUCAGGCACCAACUGCCAGGCAUAAUUGGGCAGGCACAGCAGCAGCAGCAGCCUCAAGGCAUGAUAGGGCAGGGCAUAAGGCAGCAGCAUGCACCCCAAGUCUCAGUGGAGCAAGGGCAGCAAUCCCAGCCUCAAGGAACAAUGGGUCAGGGACAGCAGCAUCAGCCCCAGAGCACAAUUGGACAGGGACAGGAAAAUCAGCCCCAUGCUAUAAUGGGAAUCGGACAGCAACCACAGCCUUCUGUCCAGCCCCAGGUAACAAUGGGGCAAGGGAUGGAGCAGCAGCAGCAACAACCUCUUCAAGCCCAGGUUAGGAUGGGGCAGCAGUCACAGCCAUUAUCCCAGCCCCAAAACAUGGUGGACCAAGGAAUUGGACAGCACCUGACACAGAGCCCAAUGGGUCAGCAGCCUCCUCAGGGUCCACUAGGGCAGGGAAUGCCACAACAGCAGUCAUCCCAGGCGGCAGUGGGGAUAGGACAGCAGUCACCCCAGAGUACAGUGGGGCUGGGACAUCAGCAGACACAGCCUCAGGGCCCAGGAGGAAUGGGAAAGCAGCAGCCCCACCAUCAGGCCAUAUUGGUGAUGGGACAGCAACAGGCCCAGCAUCAGGGUGCAAUCGGAUUGGGACAGCAACAGGCCCAGCCUCAGGGCCCGACGGGAGUG